AUGUCGGUGAAGAUAGCGUCCGAGUUCUUGCCAGAGCUGCCACUUACAGCAGUGGGGAACUUGGUGGCGGUGAGAGAGUAUGAAGGGAGAGAUAAGGUGGCGGUGGAAGUGUUGGAAAGACAGUGUGAAGUGGGGCAGCAGGAGCAGGGCAAGGCCUCGCUUGUCACUGACUUAAUGGGCGACCCCUUGUGCCGAGCCCGCAACUUGCCAUUACACAUCAUGCUGGUCGCGGAGUAUGGAGAAGCAGAGAUUGUGGGGGUGAUAAGAGGGUGUGUAAAAACCGUGACAAGAGAGAAUUCAGUGUACGUAAAGUUGGCUUAUAUUAUGGGGCUACGGGUCUCCCCCACCCACAGGAAGCUUGGAAUUGGCACAAAACUGGUUCGAAAAUUAGAAGAAUGGUGCAAGCUAAAUGGUGCAGAGUAUGCAUACAUGGCCACCGACUGCACCAACGAGGCCUCUAUCAAUCUAUUUACCAAAAAAUGUGCAUACAUGAAAUUUCGCACGCCCACCAUGCUAGUGCAGCCUGUCCAUGCUCACAAGAAAGCAAUUGAGUCAGGCCAUGCAAUAGUUAAACUCACACAACAAGUUGCUGAAUCAAUUUAUCGUGCCAUCUUUGCGAAUUCAGAGUUCUUUCCUAGAGAUAUAGACAACAUAUUACGGAACAAGCUCAAUCUGGGCACAUUCAUGGCUCUCCCAAAGAAGUUCCUUCCUAAAUGGGAUCCAAAAACAGGCAGUCUUCCCCCAAGUUUCGCAAUCCUAAGUGUGUGGAACACCAAGGAAGUGUUCAAGCUGCAAGUGAAGGGCGUGUCGGCCUUAACGUACUUGUGCUGCAUGGGGACUAGGUUGUUGGAUGCAUGUAUGCCAUGGCUAAAGUUGCCUUCAUUUCCCGACGUUUUCAGACAAUUUGGGGUGUACUUUUUGUACGGGCUACACAUGAGAGGUCAAUAUGCAUCACGUCUCAUGAAGUCCCUAUGUGCGUUUGCACAUAACAUGGCUAGGGAUGAUGUUGGAUGUGGGGCCGUGGUGGCCGAGGUGGGCCAGCGGGACCCAGUUCGGGAGGCAAUCCCUCAUUGGAAGAGAUUUUCUUGGGCUGAAGAUAUGUGGUGCAUUAAGAAGCUUGUAGAUGCGAAGCAAGAUGCAAGUGAUCAUGAAAAAUGUGAGCCAUCUGAUAAUUGGAUCAAAUCCCAAUCGUCUUCAUCAGUGAUUUUCGUUGAUCCACGUGACUUUUGA